GGGAGAGGGGAGAGGAGAGGGGACCGGGGAAAGUGCGGGUCGGGCAGGAGGGACUUGGGCUAACUCUAGAACCCUGACCCUAAUGUCGGGGGUGAUCGUGACAGCGCGGGCCGAGGGCGCCGAGUGGGAGCUGUGGCAGGCGCUGAUGCAGGGCGAUGCCGACACGGUUCUGUUGCUGGUGUCCGACCCGCAGCUCCCAGCGCUGCACGCCAACGUGGUGUUCGACACCAGCGACGUGGAGCAGUGGAAGGAGUAUCGCUUCAACCUGAGGGCGCUGCGGAUCUGGUCGCUGUGUUACCGCCAGGAGUUCACCAGUCCACUGCACAUCUGUAGCAGCCGGGGCUUCCAGCUGUGUGUGCAGUACCUCUUGUCGUGCGGGGCUCUGCCAGACCUCUGCCCGGGGGGCAAGACCGCGCUACACGAGGCCUGCGAGAACGCCCAGGGGGAGUGUGUGCGUCUGCUGCUGAACGGUGGCGCCAACCCCAACGCCAGGUCUGAGGAUGGGUACUGCCCGCUGCACCUUUGCACCGCGCCGGAGUCACUGCAGUGAGUACUGGCAAUGCCCCCCCUGACCCACAACAC